AUGCUUGAUGCGGCCCAUGAGGAUUCGCCAACCCCUGACAGUCGUACUGCAACAACAGUAGCAGAUUCAAUCAUCUAUGUCGACUUCAAAGACAAUGACCCCAGAAAUCCGAUGAAUUUCUCUCGGAAGAAGAAAUGGUUUAUAACCCUUCUCGCCUGCUUCUCUACUAUCGUUUCUUCUACAACAUCCACCUCAUACAACAUGGGCUUUCCUUCGAUGAACCGAGAUCUCCAAGCGUCUAAUUUCCAAGCUACGGUCGGCCUCGCGGUGUAUUCCGUAGGUUUUGGGGUCGUUCCUCUUUUCACUGCGCCAUUCAGCGAAGAACUAGGUCGGCGUCCGCUGUACCUUGGCAGCUUGGUUGCCCUGCUGCUGUUCUACAUCCCUAUUGCAAUGGCGAAGAACAUCGUCUUGGUCCAAGUUGCUCGAUUCUUGCAAGGCUCCGUGGCCUCAACCGGAGCUAUCAUGGUGGGAGGGACCAUUGCAGACAUUUGGGCGCCACAAGAUCGUACAUUACCCAUGGCCUUGUCGACAUUGAUGGUAAUUGGCGGGAACGGUCUUGGACCAGUCUUCGGCGGAUGGAUAGAAUUCAACGGGCGCUUAGGUUGGAGGUGGAUCCACUGGAUACAAAUGAUUUUGUGUGGCGUCUGCCUUUUGCUUAUUCCUUUAAUGGGGGAGACACGGUCGAAUGUUAUCCUCACGAAAAUCGCUCGUCGAACGAGGAAGGAGACAGGUGACGCAAGGUACCGCGCACUCGCGGAGGUCGAGCGUCAAAGCCUGAAGAGCAUGAUUUGGAUUUCUUGCACACGCCCUUUGCGCCUUCUAUUCACGGAACCGAUCGUCGCGAGCUUCAGUCUCUGGAUUGGGUUCGCAUGGGGUGUCCUAUUCGUUCUGGUCGCGUCGAUUGCUGCUGUAUUCCGUGAUCUCCAUAGGUUCCAUGUAGGACAGGUCGGGACCGUGUUCUCCGCAAUGGUGCUUGGCUCCUUUAUUGGUUUUGCGAUCACUGUUGGUAUUCAAAAUCCCUUGUAUCUGAACAACUUCAAGAAACGAGGAGUCGAAGCGAGACUCUACUCCGCAUGUCUCGCAGGAGUCAUCUUCCCUAUUGCGAUGAGCAUCUAUGGCGCCUCGUGCUCGUCUACUAUCCACUGGAUUGGACUUCUCGUCGGCAUCACGCUUUUCUCUUCGGCCGUGUACAUGAUUUACGCUUCCGUUUUCACGUAUCUCGCAGAUUGUUAUGGGCCUUACGCUUCCUCGGCACUUGCUGGUCAAAGUCUAUUCCGAAACGUUUUGGGAACCGUGUUCCCAUUAUUUACGCACCAGAUGUACUCGGCACUCACCUACCGAUGGGCUAAUCUUCUAUUCGCCGGUAUUGCGCUUCUGCUGAUGCCCAUUCCAUUUGUCCUCUUUAUCUAUGGGCCUGCACUCCGGGAGCGCAGUCCAUUCUCGAAGAAAAUUGCUGUUUCGCCUGCGACACUUGAACAAGAAUCUAAAGAACAAUUGGAAGAAAAGGAUGGUCGUAAUUAG